AUGCCGUCCGGCUGCUCUCCGCUCCUCCUCCUCCUCCUCUUCUUCCUCCUCGGCCUCCUCGGACCCGCCGCGGGCUUCGAGCUUCUGCCGGACGAGGCUGCUCCUCGUCGGGCUCGAUUCUCUGCAAACAGCCCGACUGAUGUGGCCAGAUGUCUGAACGGAGCCGUCUCCGUCGGUUGUGGAUUCUUCUCCUGUCUGGAAAACUCAACAUGUGACACCGACGGGAUGCACGAGAUCUGUGAGCUCUUCCUCCAAUCAGCUGCCACCUUCAACACAGAGGGUAAAACCUUUGUGAAGAAGAGUCUUCACUGCAUCUCUCAGGGAAUCAACUCCAAAGUUUUCCAAACGAUCCGUCGCUGUAACAUCUUCCAGAGGAUGAUCGCUGAGGUGCAGGAGGAAUGUUACAGCAGUCUGGAUAUCUGCACUGUGGCUCGAACCAACCCGGAUGCCAUCGGAGAGGUGGUGCAGGUUCCAACACACUUCCCCAACAGGUACUACAGCACGCUGCUCCAGACGCUGCAGGCCUGUGACGAUGAGACGGUGGCGGCGGUGAGGACCGGGCUCAUGGCCCGGCUCGGCCCCGACAUGGAGACCUUCCUCCAGCUGGUCCAGAACAAACCGUGCGCCGCCGGCUCCGGCUCGGCCGCGUUCAACAACCCGUCCAGCUGGAGGAACAUGCCGGUGUUCAACAUCCAGCCGGGCUUCAGGGGCCGAGACCCCACCCACCUGUUCGCCAGGAAGAGGUCCGUGGACGGCGUGGAGGGGGGGGAAUAG